AUGUCUAUUUCAACGCAGCAGGCUCUGGUUACAGACAUAUAUGAAAACAUUACGUCGUCCAUGGAGGUGACAACCCUCGUGUAUCCCCAAGAGUACCACAGACUUAACGCAGUGAUUAAUUUCCUCAACAGGUACUAUAUCUGGGUAAUAUUCGCUUUUGGAUGUCCAGGGAACGUGAUGAGCAUCUGUGUCAUCGCUGGCAUGUCAAGGCGAAGAUUAACAACAUCGUUUUUCUCCGUGGCAGUUCUUGCCGUCGUGGACAACCUUACCAUCAUAAUGAAGAUGGUUGAAAAUCAGUCUCGUAGUCACAAGAUGUUAUCAUUUGAUGAAACUGGAUGUCAGUUUUUGUUUUUCCUUGGUUUAACAUGUGCAGCAUUUGCAAACUGGAUUCUGAUAAUAAUAUCAGCAGAGAGGUUCACGGCAGUGGCGUUCCCUAUGAAGGUGGCGCUGAUCUGGUCCUUGAGGAGGGCGGUAGGCAUCAUAGUUUGUGUGUUUGUGUUCCUCGGCCUCGUCCACAGCCACAUCUUCGCCUCAGUCACCCAUUAUGAAAACUACACAUGUACAGUGAAGACAAGGUUUCACCAAUACAUCCACCCUUACUGGUAUUUCACCAGCGCUACGGUUUAUGCAUUCAUCCCUGCUACUUGCCUCAUUGUGUUCAACGUCCUUAUCAUCGUGUUGCUCAGGAGGUCCUCCGCCACGCGACGACACAUGCUGUCCGAGAGUGAUGCUUCCAACGUGGAGGCCCGGCGUCAGGACCGGCAGGUCACAAUCAUGCUCGUCACCGUCGCUGUCACCUUCCUCAUCCUCACCAUCCCCAGAUGUGUGUGCGUCAUCGCCUACCACAGCAUGUGUACAGGCAACGCAGACUUAAUGUGUACUACUAGGAGACAACUGUUUGACACUCUUACCACCCAAAUCGCAGACACCAACCAUGCCAUUAACUUUUACCUGUACGUUCUGACCGGGAGAAGGUUCCGAGAAAACUUUCUAAAGCUGUUUAAAUGUAGACAGAUGUUAUACAUGAAAGUGUCAAGUAGCAACACACACAUGUCGGAAUUGCCUCUCACAGAAUCCAGGAUUUGAAAGUAAGUGAUAUCUCUUAUGUUUGUUUCUUGUUUAACGCCACAGUCAGCAAAAUCCCAGCUAUAUGACGGCUACCUGUGAAUAGUCGAAUCUUGGGAACCAGUGAUUGAUAUCAUCAGCAAAAUGCCACGCAAUCAGCCAGGUUACCGAGUCUGACCACCUGAUCCAUUUAGCCGCCAACUCGGUCCACGCCUCGGCUACUGGGGGACUUAAUCUCAGGGAAAUCUAACGAGUUUUACGAGUAUGCAGUCCAGUGGAAAGAUAGCAUUUACAUGACAUACAGUGUUAAGUUUCUCCGUGUACAACUUCUUCCCCAGGCAAGACCUUCCAACCUUGCCAUUCAAGUCUACUUUUCUUGGUUCGACUGUGGCUCCACAGCGUGUAGAACACGAGUUGUGUCCCUUGUGAUAAAGACACGAUAU